CUCUGAUUCACACUCGCACACAAACCCCUCACACCAUUUUCAUUUUUCUCUCUAAUUCCUUCACACAAUGGCCAAGCUUCAACUUCUUCUCCUCACACUCUUUUGCGUUUUCCUCCUACUCCCUUACUCAGCUUUCGGAGAUUGCACAUGUGACACCGAGGAUGAAGGACGUGACAAAACCCAAGCUCUCAAAUAUAAACUAGCUGCUAUUGCUUCCAUUCUUGUAGCGGGUGCAAUUGGGGUUUGUAUUCCAAUCCUUGGAAAGACCAUACCAGCUUUGCGUCCCGAGAAGGACAUCUUCUUCAUCAUCAAGGCCUUUGCUGCCGGCGUGAUAUUAUCGACCGGGUUCAUCCAUGUUCUCCCGGAUGCUUUCGAGAGCUUGACAUCGCCGUGUCUGAGUGACAGCCCGUGGCAGGAUUUUCCAUUCACGGGGUUCGUGGCGAUGGUAUCCGCCAUCGGGACUUUGAUGGUUGAUGCCUUUGCCACUUCGUAUUAUAGGAAGUCUCACUCCAACCAGGCUGCUCAAAACGGGGUUGGAGAUGUGGAGAUGGAAGGAGAGCAUGAGGGCCACUUACACGUUCACACACAUGCUACUCAUGGUCAUGCUCAUGGUUCCAAUUCCUUUGUUGAUAACUCGGCUUCAUCAGACCUUAUUCGGCAUCGCGUUAUAUCACAGGUUUUAGAGUUGGGGAUUGUGGUACAUUCAGUCAUAAUUGGAAUUUCUCUGGGUGCUUCUGAGAGUCCCAAAACAAUAAGGCCUCUUGUAGCUGCACUGACCUUUCAUCAAUUUUUUGAGGGCAUGGGACUUGGUGGAUGCAUCUCUCAGGCAAAAUUUCAGAACAGAGCUGUUGUAGUUAUGGCAAUGUUCUUCUCUCUUACAACCCCAGUUGGGAUUGCAAUUGGAAUAGGAAUAUCUAGUGUUUACAAUGAGAACAGCCCCAAUGCUCUAAUUUUUGAAGGGAUUUUUAAUGCGGCAUCGGCUGGGAUCUUAAUCUAUAUGGCACUUGUAGAUCUUCUUGCGGCUGAUUUUAUGAAUCCAAGGGUGCAAAGCAAUGCAAGGCUUCAAAUAGGAGUAAACGUAUCACUUCUUCUAGGGGCUGGUCUUAUGUCUCUCUUGGCCAAAUGGGCUUGACCUUGCAAUAUUUUGUGGAAUAUUUCUCUCUAUUUUAGGUUUUUUAUUGUGGUACAGUAAAAAUGACACAUACAUAUGUAACAGUUCGAUUGAACCUGAACAUUCCCCCAUGGGGAAGUGCCAGAGGUACAUCCAGGUCUUUGCUUCUCUUUCUGCUUCGCAUCCCAAAAUGGCAUAGUAUAAUUAGAUCAUUUUACCUAUGAAAUAUACUACUGUUUGGUAAGGGAUUUUUAAUAA